CCUCUGCACCCCCUAUGGUGUCUUCACUGUGGCUCGCCCCUCCCCAGACCCAUGGAAUGCUCCGCCUCCCUUUCAGUCCCACUGGCUGCUACUUCCUCUGGGGGUUCCCGGAUCGCUGCCCUUGACCACAGAGGCUCCAAGCCUGUUGCAGAGCAGAGGCCAGAGCCUCCUGCACCUUCCAAAGACCAGAGCUGCAACUGGACUCCUGUGCAAGUAGCAAUUAUCUGACAGAGGCACUUCUGCUGAGAUACUGUGCAUUUCCAGAGGCCCCUGGGUUGGGAUUGACUUUGAGCGCCUCUCGCUGAGGACCCGCUUUUAUGGUGGCUUACAGAACCAGUACACUUGGGGUUGGAUUAGCUAUUGCAACAGUAAACUUUCCCAAUACUGACCAAGGUUCAGUUCACCAUAUCCAUUCUCACUGCUUUCCUCGGAGAAUGAAAGGACAUUAUUGACAGUGAUUAGCAGUAGUAAGGCUACUUUGAUGUAGUUGGCAAUCCACAGGCUUGUUUAUUCUUUUGAAGAAGGAAGAGCCUCCUGAGAUGACUUCCAAUAAAGACUCCUUUGUAAUCUCAAUGAUGGAAAGACAUCGCUCUGACCUUCCUGAAACAAACACCAGUGACCUGAAGACGCUGACUGAAGAGGCUGUGUUAAGUUUUCACAACAUCAACUACCGAGAAACAGUACAAAGCGGUUUUCUACUUUGUAAAAAGACACGUGUGAUAGAAAGACUAUCGAACAUCAAUGGGAUCAUGAAACCUGGCCUCAAUGCCAUUAUGAGUCCUCAGGAUGGGAGCAGAUCUCUGUUAUUAGAUGUCUUAGCUGCAAGGAGAGAUCCAUGUGGAUUAUCAGGAGAUAUUUUGAUAAACGGUAAACCUCGACCUGCUAAUUUCAAAUGUACAUCUGGUUAUGUACCACAAAAUGUGUCUUCUGUCAAUAACUGCAGACAGCAACCACCAAAAUUCCCGUCCUCUGCUUCGAAGAACAUGGGAGGGAAUGAUGUGGUGUUGGGCACAGUGAGUGUGAGAGACAAUUUAGAGUUCUCAGCAGCUCUCCGUCUCCCAAUGACUAUAACAAGAGAUGAAAAGAGAAGGCGGAUUAAUGAGGUGCUUGAAUUUCUGCAUCUGGAUAAAGACCAAAAUAUCAAGCCUAGAUCCAAAGAACUCAGGAAAAGGACCAGUAUAGCAAUGGAGCUAGUCACUGAGCAUCCCAUUUUGUUCUUGGAUGAUCCCACCACUGGCUUAGACUUGAGAACUACGACUGAUGUCAUUUUAGUCCUGAGAAGGAUGUCGAAGAGGGGACGGACAAUCAUCUUCUCCAUCAAUCAGCCUCAGUACUCCAUCUUCAGAUUAUUUGAUAGCCUCACCUUAGUGGCUUCAGGAAAAGUUAUGUUUCAUGGACCUGCACAGGAUGCUUUGGACUACUUCAGAUCUGCAGGUUACAAUUACGAGUCGCACAACAACCCUGCAGACUUCUUCCUGGAUGUCAUUAAUGGAGGUUUCUCUGACAUAUUAGACACAGAGGAAGACGGCCAGGAAGCUGACAAAUAUGAAAAGCUUUUUGAGAGACAAUUUCAAAUCAUAGGAGAACUGGCCAAUACGUAUGCCCAGUCCUCCUUAUACAAUGAAACAAGAAGCAAACUGGAUCAACUCUUGGGGCAACAGAAGCUGGAGAGCAGCUCAGCCUUGGAGACUACAUGUAUCACCCCUUUCUGGCAUCAACUUGGGUGGAUUAUCUGUCGAUCAUUCAAAAAUUUGCAGGGUUUUCAAUCGGUCACUGUGAUUCAGGCCAUGAUCACAGUCAUACUGGCUGCAGUUGUAGGCACUGCUUUCCGUGUCCUAAAAAAUGAUUGUAUUGAAGUCCAGACGAGAGCUGGCCUGCUUUACCUGCUCACGGGCUUCCAGUGUAUCACAAGUGUGUCUGCAGGGGAACUCUUUGUGAUUGACAGGGUUCGCUUUCUACAUGAGCAUACCAGUGGAUACUACAGAGUGUCAUCCUAUUUCUUUGGGAAACUGCUGGCUGAGCUAAUACCCAGGAGGCUGUUGCCAAGUAUUAUAUUUACUCUUAUAACAUACCUCAUAGCAGGAGUAAAAACGAGUGUGAACUGCUUCUUCACUAUGGUAUGCACUGUCAUGGUACUGGCCUACUCGGCCAGUUCCCUGCCAUUGUCCAUAGGAGCUGGGGAGAAUGCAGUGGCUGUUCCAACACUGCUUGUGACCAUCUACUUUGUGUUCAUGCUGUUUUUUUCAGGUCUAUCAGUAUAUUCUGGAAGCUUCCUGCCUAAGCUCUCAUGGAUUCAGUACUUUAGCAUUCCUCAUUAUGGAUUUAGGGCUUUGCUGCACAAUGAAUUCCUGGGACAAAACUUCUGUCCAGAACACUACACAGAAGAAGUCAGUAGAUGCCAUAACUAUGUUAUAUGUACUGGUGAAGAAUUCUUGAUGAUCCAGGGAAUUGAUCUCUCAUCAUGGGGCUUCUGGGAGAAUCACCUGGCUUUAAUUUGUAUAAUGAUCAUCCUUUUAACAAUUACCUAUGUGCAGCUAUUACAGCUUAAGAUAUUAGAAGUUCUUAGUUCCUGGGGGAGGAAUUUCCUACAGUUGUUUAAAUAGAUGUGAUUCCAAAAUACCUUCUGAAUGUUCAUAAUUAUACUCAUAGACAAAUGCCACAGAGAGAAUUCCUCUACUGUGAACUGUGGUUAAUGCAGAAACUCAUGGCUGCUCACAGUACAAGGCUAAGGGACACUGGAGUGCUUAACUCAAAGCAGGACACCUAUAGCAUGUCCUCUGCAGCUCAGAGCAUUGUGUACUACACGUAGAAAGAGUAUAGGAGCCAGAAGAUAAGAAGGAACGGAAAUACAAUUUUGUGGAUAUGCACAGUCAAGCCAACCAUGGAUUGUUUCCCAACUCUACAGCUACCUGCAUAAGACUGGAUCCUUCAUCAGCACAGGAAGGAACAGGGGAACUCAAUGGGCCCAUGCCCCAUUGUGCUCAACUGUUGGCUACUGGCAGAUCAUGGGAGAGAGGCAGUCAUUGAUUUCAUAUGUAUACUCACAUUUGAGCCUACAGGACUCCAAUGUAAAGUUUUAAAGGCUGGAUCCCAAAGAUAGCCUUGUUUUAACUCUGUGGGUCGCAAGACAAACCCAAAGUUUUGAAUGUCAGAAGGAGACUUGUAAAGAAGAUUAUGUGAAGGGAAUGUAAGGGAGAUGAGAGUGGUGAGACAAAGGAAGAAUGGCUGAAAUACAUUAUGUAUGGAAUUGCAUAUUUUGAAAAAUAAAAAUUGUAAACAUGAAACACAAACUUUUUAUGUAAAGUAUCUAAUGAAGA